AUGGUACCGUACUUCUUUUCAAUGGAUCGCAUCAACUAUUCCAGGUAUGUGGGCAAUCGAUUUAUUCUGAUUAUUUUUUUUCAUAUCUUUCAGAUUGACUGCAAAUUGUGCAUCAGUACUAAAGAACAGUAGCCUAAUUGAUCUUUAAAAGAGUCAUCGCUACGAGGAUUAGAGGUCUUAUAUGAUAAGGAUUUGCAAUAUGAUAAGGAUUUGUAAGGAUUUACUCCCCUUUGCUUCGAAAUGAUGCGUUUUGUUUAAGACUGAAUUAUAAUAUAUCGAACUUAUUACGGGAUUUAUUCUUUAUCCCAAGUGGAGAACGCGUUUGUUCAAACGCAUGAAGAGAUCUACACAUUAUCAUAGGACGUUACCUUAUUAUGCGGUUAGCUUUAACUUUCUCACUUACCCGGCCCCUUCUUACCUUUCUCUUAUUUUGACCUCUUCCUCCAAUAAAUUGCAGGUGGCUCCCAAUCUACUUGGCUGAUAUGCAGCUGCUUCCCACUCACGCUCCAGAAGUUUACGAAGAAUUCCUAAAUGGCAACCACCCAGUGAGUUGAUCAAGUCAACCCUUUAGCCAAGUUUGGACUGACAUGGCCUUGGAACAAACCAUCAAUCUCGACAGUAAGACUAGAGGGGGUAUUGUUGGCUUGACACAAAAUGCUUCGGCACUAGACAGAUGGUUUAUAACAAGUCACAAGAGAGCUGAGCUAACUGCUGCAACCAAGCGACUUUGCAACCUUGAAGACUCUGACAAGAUUGGGACUCACAAGGAGGCAGGUUCCCAAAGAGUAAAGAGGGAUGAAAACGACGUUCAGCGGCUGAUUAACACCAUUACUGAUACCAUGUCAAACCCUUUUGAUUUGAGUGAGGCAUCGAAGGAAGACCCAGUUCAAUUACGAAACAUCGCCACUGGACUCGUUAUGCCGCAUGACGCGGCAGAGCAGCUCGUUGACUUUUUCAGCACAGGAACAGAAGAAGCAAAGAAAUUUAGGAGACAAAGAAUGGACACUGAUGACGUAUCCUUUUGGAGCAAGAUAUCGAAAUUGAAUUUGAAAACAUUUGCUUCUCUGGCAAAAACAAAUCAAAUCAAGUGCGCAGACGAGAAGAUCAUCGCUAUUUCAGCUGAUAGAAAUUUGUUUGGAAGACUUCUAAUUGCUGCAAAGUGUCGUGACAUUGAUGUGAAAGAGGUCCUGAAAUAUGAACUGUCCACCGUGCCCUUUGCAUUGGCACAUGCAGAUGGUGUUUUGCGGAAAACUACAAAAAGUGUCCUAAUGGCUGAGGUUGAACGGGAAUGUCAAGCACAAGGAAGACUUCCUGAAAGUGCACUAUCAACCACAUUCAUUUUUGAUGCAAUGGCUCUUGUCCAGACGUUGAAGUCUGCAGGCUCCCGCACAUUCGGAGACCUGGCUGAAAGAUACUUUAAUGUGCUCUUCACACCUCUACGACAAGGUCAGUGCAGAAGAGUAGAUGUUGUCUUUGACCGCUAUGAUGUUCAAGAGUCCAUAAAGGAAAGUGAAAGAGUUAGGAAAGGUUUAAGCAGAGCUCUUGAGAUCCAAAUCACAGCAAGCAUACACCAGUUCCAAAGCCAUGGGGGAAGUUUAUCAGCCACCAGAAUAACAAGGUUAACCUUUCCAGAUUUUUUUGCCGAGAGUGGUGCAGUCUGGGUGAAUACAACUUACUUCCUGAUCAAGAGCUGGUAAUUGGAGGUGGCUUUGAAGAUCCAACAGAUGCAGUUGUUGUAACCCGUGGACGUACGGAUCCCCUUGCAGAGCUGAGAUCAGACCAUGAAGAAGCCGACACAAGGAUGAUCCUUCAUGCGUGGCACGCCUCUUCCACUAAAGAGAGGAUUGUCAUUCAGUCCCCUGAUACAGACGUUGCUGUAUUAGCUAUCUAUGCAUACCAGAUGAUACAGUGCAACAAAAUGUGGUUCAAGACAGGCGUCAAAGAUAAGGUUCGCUUCGUCCCUGUUCAUCGUAUUGCUGAGAAACUUGGUAGGAGUGUUUGCGCAGCGAUUCCAGCAUUCCAUGCUCUAACUGGUUGUGAUUCUACUUGUGGGUUGUUUCAGAUCGGGAAAAAGAAAAGAUGGAAGGUAUUUGUCAAAUAUCCCAGUCUCCAUGACAGUGUUGGCAACCUUGGCAGUCAGAUUCCACCACUAGCGCUCACUGUUGAAGCCUGUGAGAGGUUUAUUUGCUCCCUUUAUACAACCCACAAGAAGGCAGGGGUAACAGCUGACGACGUACGCUAUUGGAUGUUCUGCCAAAAGCACCAAAGAAGUGAAAGUUUACCACCCACAAGCAACAGGUUGCGACACCACAUUGAACGUGCUAACUACCAGGCAUAUGUGUGGAAACACUGCUUGAAUGCAACACAGCAACUCCCGUCGCCAGUCAGCAACGGAUGGAAGAAAGUGGAUGGUGUUUUGGAACCACUUUUGAUGUCCAAGGAUCCAGCACCACAAGGGCUGCUUGAACUGACGACUUGCAAAUGUAACAAAUCUGUCUGCAGAAGGGAUGACUCGUGUCCUUGCAAAGCCCACGAGAUGCCCUGUACAGAGGCAUGCCUUUGUAUGAAUGAUGAAAGUUGCCAAAAUCCUCACAAGCCAGUUGAUGUAACACCUGGAAGCAGUGAAGACGAGCUAACAGAUGCUGACGUUUAG